GUCGAAGCACAGACUUGUGGGAAAUGUCUGCCUAUAUUAGCGGAGUGACUUUUUUGUCGUCACACCACAACAUGCAGCAGCAGUACAGCCCAUUCUGGCACAGCGCGACAGAUGGAACCGGUGUAUGAGAAGGAGGUGAUGAGGUUUGGGGAGAUGAAGGAGGAAUAUUCAGAUAAAGAGAACAAAAGAAAGCUGCAGAUAAUGCUGAAGGAAAAGAAUGAAAGGGCAGAAAAGCUGCUCCGCGAGCUGGAGAAACAGCGGGAGGAGGAACACCAGAAAGACAGAAGGGAGAUACAGCUGGAGAUCGAGAGAAUAAAGGAGGCGAGACAGAAAUACGUGGAGAGACAAAGACAGGGGAAGAGAGAGUGGAUGAGCAGAAUGAUGUUCACUCUCACAGAGAACGUUUCCUGGGCAAAAAAGAAAGAUGGACGCAGAGGUGCUGGUGGGCAAAGAAAGAGUGGCUUCAUUAAUUCUGGGCAGAAAAGCUCUGACCAGAAGGAGGCCAAAACUCAGGAGCAAGAAAAGCUCCUUCCAAGCCCAGGCCCUGCAGAAGAUCCAAAAUCACCCACACCUUCUACAGCUGUCCCCACCACACAGCCACACACAGAGGAAAACGUGAGGACUGAAAGCAACACUGUCCCUGAGGAGCUCGUUCCAGAACCUCAGACUUUCAGUCAUACUGGAUCAGAGCAACAGGCUGUGGAGUCUCCAGAUAGGGCCUCAGAAGAUGAUGAGCUGGAUGUGGAGGUGUGGGAUUUGACCAGCCAGGACUCAGGGACUGGGAAAGGGAACGGUCCUAAAUACAAGAGCAAAAGGAGGAGAAUCAUUGGCUGGAUCAACAAAAAAAUGAAGGAGAAAUAUCAGAAAGCCAUCAUCAAGAGUCUCAAUAAAGAAGAGGAGCAUGGACAUGAGCUCUUUAUGACACCCAAGGGUCUAUGGAUGACUGAGGCGCAGUACCAGCAGGCAAAAAGGGAGAGACUGUACUUAUACGAGGAUUGGAGACAGGCUCUGGAGACUUGCUGGAGAGAGUGGGAGGAAAAACAGGCCCAGAAAAAAGCAGAAAAGAAGGCAAAGAAGGAGAAAAAGUAACAGCUGAAUUGGAGGAGUGUGCAAGAGUAUAUUGUAUGCUCUUUGUACAUGAACGAUGAAAACAUGCACUUUCAAUAAAAACCUGAAAGACUACCUUAGACAGAGUUCAUUUCCUUUUUUGACAUGAUUACUAGUAGUAACUUUAAAAUAAGGUGCUUCCUAUAGCAGAGGAAUUACUCAAAAAGCGAAAGUUUCUUAUUUUGUUUCUAAGUGAUUGAUUGAUCUUUAUUUCAGGCUAAGUGCUUUACCAGUAUGAAGGUAAAAAGUGACAUCUCUCUUCUUACUUAAUGAUUUCUGAUCUUCUCUCAAACGUUUUAAUUUAUGGCAUGUUAGUAGACAGUCUUAUCCAGAGGGAGCUGCAGUUUGAUCAUGAUAGGUAGGACAAAGUAGCGGUAGGAGUCUUGCCCAAGGACUCUUAUUGUUUUUGCCAUGCAUACUCUUUGCCCCUGUGUUGUAAAGCACUCAGAGCUGUUUUUAUAGAUUAACUGGCAUGGUAGCACUUCUGUUAUAAUGUCAAAUGAAAUCAUUGUUAUUGUCA